AAGAGAAUGAGCCAUUGAAAGAUUUGUAGGGUGAUUCUGAAUGAAAGGGAGGGUUCGGGGAAGGUAGACGAGGACUGUCGAAUGGAUUUCCGUCGAGAGACCUCCGACGGUCAGAAUUAUAUGGAAAAAUGAAAGAAGAUGGAGGAGGUCUUUAUUAUUAUUAUUAUUAUUUCUUGGCCGUGUUAGAAAGAAAGGACGAGGUGAAGCCAUGAGGUGUUUACUCGGAAUAUUGUCUCUUUGAGGCGUUUCUUAUCUUCAAACACGUAAUUCCCGGUGACGCGUGUGUAACGUACACAGAACCAGAUCCAAGAUCCAAGAUCGUCAGAUCUAGAUUCUAUCACCGCCCUCAUUUAUAUAUGCAACCCAACACACGCAUUUCUACUCACCCGACCAUGGACUACGACAGAUACGACGCUACCCUCCAUUACAUCUUCAAACAAACUCAAGGUGACGCUUGGUUUAGACCACAUGAAGAUUCAGUCCCACCAGGCGUCUGUCUUCGUACUCAUGACGGUCAAUUCAGAGUAUUCCCCUACGAGACAGCCGCACUCGCUCCAUUCGAGGCGUCAGUAGCUGCACUCAAUCCACUCGUAGCUGUCAAAGUUCGCAGUGCUGCUGUACAUGCUGCUUUGGCAGAACAAACUCUCGAUGAUUGCGUCUAUGUCGACUCAAAUACUCGCAUUCAAGUACUCGAUUCAAUGGUCCUCCUUCCACAAGCAGAAAAGGAUCAAAACGCUGCUUUCAUCCGUGAUGAACGUGUACUCGUCGUUUGGAGCGACUCCCUCGAUACAAUUAUCCCUAUCGCACGUGACUUUGAAGAUCGCCUCAUUCGUUUACUCUGGCGUACAAAACCACCUCCUCCCCCCUCCACCCACGAACUAUCCAUCUACUCAGAGAAACCAGUCGAUCCUCGUCUAACUCCUUCAUCCACUGUAAACUCUGCCACUGGAGUACAAGAUCCAGAAAAGGUUUCCCAAAAACAACCUACUCGUCCAAUCAUGCUAUACGCUCCUCUAUACAACGGUCUCUCCGCCGCACUCGCCAUCAUUUUCAUCGGCAAUGGUAUGAAAACACUCCUUCAAGAAUUUCGCCUAGACGGCAACUACACUCAUUUCAUUCUUUGUGCUCUCAUGCCUCUUCUCUUUUGUGUCUCCUUGUUCUUCACUAUUCAAAUCCUACAAAACGUUACUUUCGCAAUCGGUCCCAUCGCUCAUUACCACCAAAACAGUCGUUACUACUCUGCAAUCCCACCACUUCCAAACCCAGCCAUAGACAACGCACUCCCUCACAUCACAAUACAAAUGCCCGUCUACAAAGAAAGCCUUGCUACAGUCCUCACACCCUCUCUCACUUCCAUCAAAACAGCAAUGCAGACCUACGCACGCCACGGCGGCACAUCAAGCCUCUUCAUCAACGACGAUGGCCUCCGUCUCCUCCCCCAAGACCAAGCCAAAGAACGUAUCGAUUACUACGCAACUCACGGAAUCGGCUGGAUCGCAAGACCGCGUCACGGACAUGAAGGCUUCGCUCGCCCGGGCCGCUUCAAAAAAGCCUCCAACAUGAACUACGCACUCGACGUCUCCAUCCGCCUCGAACGCAUCCUCGAGGAACUCCAAUCGUCUAAUACCUACAGCUCCUAUGGCCAACCCGCUUCUUUUGCCCAUCAAACCCAAAUCCCCAACGAGAGUAGAGAUAGCAACAUUUUCACCCCUCCCAACCCGCCCUUUCACCGCGCCAGCGUCAGCACCACAUACAGCGCUCAUACAGCGCAAACAGAAGGUGGGAGCAUCGUUAGUGUACCCGGGCAGUCUCCUGGGACGUACGGAGUGCAGUAUAUCGGGAGGGAUGGUGAUGAUCAGUGGUUCAUUCCUCCUUUUCUCAACGGGAACGGGAACGGGAGCGGGAGCGGCAACGGCAGCGUACCCGGAACGCCAAGACCGGGUAUGGUAGGGACCAUCAGCCCUGAACCCCCCACCCUCGCAGGGACGCUUAUCGAAGACCUCGAAGAGCGGGCUCUUCAACUAGCCAUGGAAGAAGUAUUCCAAACAUCCCAAACAGGACACAGACCCUGGGCAGCAAACGCCCGCGCCUGCCGAAUCGGGAGUAUUAUCUUAUUGGUAGACGCUGACACGAUCGUACCGGCGGAUUGUUUUAGGGAUGCGGCCAGAGAGUUCGGGGAGGACGAGGGUGCCGAAGUCGGGGUGCUACAACACGAGAGUGACGUCCUCCAAGUAGCCCACCACUACUUUGAAAACGCCAUCGCCUUCUUCACCCGCCGAAUCAACAGAUGCAUAAGUAUGAUGUGCGCAAACGGGGAAGUGGCGCCUUUUGUCGGGCAUAAUGCGUUUUUGAGGUGGAGUGCGUUGCAGGAUGCGGCGUUUGGCGGGGGAGAUGUCAAUUCUUCUUCUUCGGCUACUCCGUCUUCUUCUGGUUCUACUCCUAAUCCCGGGUCGGGUCCUACAGCCCAAAUCAAGGUCUGGAGCGAGGAUAAUGUCAGUGAAGAUUUUGAUAUGGCUCUGAGGCUUUUGAGACAGGGGUAUAUCGUUAGAUGGGCGACCUACUCCAAUGGCGGAUUCAAAGAAGGUGUAUCGCUCACUGUCGAUGACGAGUUGAAUCGGUGGCAGAAGUAUGCGUAUGGAUGUAAUGAGCUCCUCUUCAACCCCUUUGUCAAAUGGUUUUACAAAGGCCCCAUUAACCACCAGAUCCACAAAUUCAUAUGGAGCCCUGCACCGCUACAUUACAAGAUCUCAAUGAUGGCUUACAUAUUCUCAUAUUACGGAAUAGCAGCCUCAGCGACCAUCUCCAUCAUCAAUUACAUCAUGCUCGGUUUCCAAUUCCCCACAGACGAUUUCUACAUGCACAGUUUCGAGAUCUGGCUCGCUACCUUUGUGGUAUUUUUCGGAGCUGGAAAUGUGGGGUAUGUGCUUUUGCAGUAUAGGCUUGGUGAGAAGGGUAUCAUUGGCGGUGUUAUUGAGUGCUUUGGAUGGAUUCCGUUUUUCUUCCUCUUCUUCGGAGGUCUAAGUAUCCCGCUCUCGCAAGCCAUCCUCGCUCAUCUGUUCUCGUAUAACAUUACGUGGAGCGCGACAAAGAAGGAGGUUGAGAGGUCGAAUUUCUUCAAGGAGGUUCCAAAGAUUUGCAAGAGAUUCUGGUUCCCCCUGCUCGUAUGUAUCCUGCUGCUCGCGGGUAUCGUCAUCGUCAGUACGCCGCUAGUGCCAUAUGAAUGGCAACUGACCGGAAAUGCGUGGGCUGUUAUCUUCCCGUUGUCGGUUGUAUGCGCUUGCCAUAUCCUGUUCCCGAUCGUCCUCAAUCCAUGGCUCAUGAUCUUCUCCUACUGAGCAUGUACAGUGACUCGGGCAGGAUCCCCGAAUGCAUGCCUACUAAUUAAACACAUAUCUUGCCACUUAGAAACCAAGAACAAUGAACCACCUUCG